AUGGGACUGGUUUCAGACAUAAGCAUAGACUGUGGAUCAUCUAGUUCGCAUACUGACGCGGGAAACAGGACGUGGGUUGGAGACACGGACUUUGUAUCAACCGGUUUAUCAUCUAAAAUUGAGUCUACCGGAACUGCUGAUUAUCUAACCACACUCCGGUAUUUUCCGACCGGAGAGACAAAUUGUUACGCCAACAUUCCGGUUGAUAAAGGUGCGAAGGUGUUAGUUAGAACGAGAUUUUACUACGGGAACUACAACGAAGAAUACAAACCUCCCAGGUUUGAUGUCGUGUACGACGGAAAACAUCGAGACACUAUCCACACAACAGCAAUGGAUGUUGACUUAUCAGAAGCGAUUUAUGUAUCAGAAAGUGGGAAUAUAAGUGUUUGUUUUGUCCGUACGUUCAUGAACGAGCACCCUUUUGUGUCUACCAUUGAGGUAAGAAGCUUGGACGCGUCCAUGUACACAGAUCUUGGCCCCAAAGAAGGUUACAUUCUCCAACGACGGUUCGCCUACGGUAGGAAGGAGUUAGUGAGGUCACCGUUUGAUCCAUAUGAUAGAUUUUGGGUUGAGCCAAGUCCAGACUUUCCAGUCACGGUACUAACAAGUGCUGCCGUUUCAAUCAACACAACAAAAUCAGAGAACCGGCCACCUGAGGUUGUCCUCCGCACGUCAUGGUCAGAAAAGGAUAUGACUUUCUAUGAUAUAAAACUUCCAUUUACGGGAGUAACUUUUUACCUUGUCAUGUAUUUCUCUGAGCCAAUAAGCCUUAGUUCCGACCAAAAGCGUUCUUUCUAUGUUUACUAUGACAAAAAGCAAGUGGGUUCGAGUCUAGUUGUGCCACCGUUUGGGGCAGUGACACAGACGAGUCUGAGAGAUGUAAUGAUGAGUUCUAAUCCUUAUCUGGAAUUUAAGGCUACACCGGACUCAAAUUUGCCGCCACUCAUCAACGCUCUCGAGCUCUAUGUCGUUAGCAAUAGUGAUGGAAGAGGAGGAGGUGGUAACGGAACCAAACCAACCAACACAACUGGUGGUGAUGGUGGUGGCAGCUCGGGUUCUGGUGGAGGCAAAUCGGAUUCAGCAGGAAAGCAGGAAGGGGAGCAAAGCAGCAAUUUACGUUUACCUCUUGGUAUCUCUCUUCCUUUGUUGGCUCUUGGAACUGGUUGGGGUGCCUGGAAAUAUUGCACCAAGCGCAACCGUGGAUCAGCAAGUAAACUCCCCAUUCUGUUCUUUUGUGUAUAA